AUGACAUGCAAGAUAACUUCGGAGUCUGCUUGUCCACAGAACGUUGCAUUUGUUCAUCGUGUUGGCUCAGCAAUUUUCUAUGCUAGUUGUUCAGGUCUCAUCACUGUUGUGAAUAAACUUGUUCUUACUUCAUACGGGUUUCCUUCAUUUCAACUGCUUGCCAUAGGACAGCUACUUAUUUCGGUUGUUGUACUCUAUGUGGCUCGAUUAUCGAAUUUAAUUGCCUUUCCUCCAUUCUCCAGAUAUAUUUUUAUGACAAUAAUGCCGUUGCCAGUAUUUUUCUUCUGUAAUUUACUGUUUGGUUUAGGUGGCACGCAAGCAGUUAGUUUGCCUAUGUUUACUGCGUUACGUCGUUUUUCAAUUUGGAUGACAAUGCUUGGUGAACAGUAUAUACUUAAACAAAAGCAAUCGUUGACAGCACAGAUAAGUGUUUAUUUAAUGGUCAUAGGUGCAUUGAUUGCAUCAGGUGAUGAUUUAACGUUCAAUUGGUUUGGUUAUAUUUUUCUUACGAUAAAUAAUUUUAGUACAACUGCUCAAGGUGUUGUUAUUAAACAAAAAUUAGUUAAUAAAGAUUUCGAUCAAAAUGGUCUUUUAUUUUAUAAUUCAUUAAUUGUUAUUGGGCCUUCAAUGCUCUUGGCUUUAUUAACUGAAGAUCUUAAUAAAGUUUGGAAUUAUAAUGGUUACUGUGAUAUUGGUUUUAUAUGUGCUUUUCUUCUUUCAUCGUUAAUGGGAUUUUUACUGAAUUAUUCUACAAUGCUAUGUACAAAAUAUAAUUCACCAUUAACGACAACUGUUGUUGGCGCUUGUAAGAAUCUAUUUGUCACCUAUCUUGGAAUGUUUAUCGGUGGUGAUUAUGUUUUUUCAUUGAUUAAUUUUAUUGGACUCAAUAUCAGUGCAAUUGGUAGUAUUGUUUAUUCUUGGAUAACAUUCACUUCGAAGUCUCCAUCAAAAGCUGCUAAUACUUCUGAGACAUCGGCUGUGAUACCAAAAAAAACAAAAGACGAAUGA